AUGCCGCUGGGCCUGAAUCCCCAUCAAUAUCGUAUGGGCCGUAAAAACUUUGCUCCCUUCAGUGGGCAACAAAAGAAUCAAACUUCCUCUAUAAUACAUUUUGACAAAUUUUUCAUCAUAAAGCGCAUGUCUACAAACAAUGAAACCUUUCAUAAUGUUUCACCUUUUUUUGUUGAAAAGGCCAUCACUUUAAUUCUUGGUACUGUAUCAUCGACUCGGAAACUACGAUCUGGUGAUUUGCUUGUGGAAGUGAGUUCCCAAAAGCAAUCACAACAAAUACUGAAACUGAAAACAUUGGGAACAAUAUCUGUAAGCGUAAGUACUCACGCUACAUUAAAUUCCUCAAAAGGUGUAAUAACGUGUGGUGAGUUGUUUAAUGAUUCCAUUGAAAAAAUUACUGUGGAACUGAAACCUGAAGGAGUAACUCAUGUACGCCGUAUAACUAUCCGUGGGGAUGGACAACUCCUUCCUACUAAGGACUUCAUUCUUACCUUUAACAAUCCUAAAUUACCUGAAUCUGUGAAAGUCUGCUGUAUGAAAUUGGCUGUUAGGACAUAUAUCCCAAACCCACUUCGAUGUUUCCAAUGCCAAAGCGUUGGGCAUUCAAAAGCCAGCUGCCGCGGGACUCUCACCUAUGCCCGCUGUGGAGAAAAAGGCCAUGACAGCCAACAGUGUUCUGCACCGGAAAAGUGCGUGAACUGUGAUGGUAACUACAGUUCCUUUUCUCGAUCUUGCCCCCCCCCCUGGAUAUUGGAAAAACAGAUUGUAUCGGUUAAAUUCAAGGAAGAUAUUCCAUAUCCUGAGGCCAGGCCAAAAGUACUUGCUCAGACGCCAACACCAGGCGUGACUUACGCAUCUAUUACCAAAAAACAAUUUUGCGCAAAUUGCUCCUGUGCAAAUUGUGUGCAGAAUAUGCCCGGAACUAAACCUCUACCAAAAGUAUCCGAUACAGAUUCUGAAAUUUCUAUAACUAGUGCUUCUGAACCCAGUAAACCGGUAAAGCAUCAACGCAAAGUAAAAACGAACAAAGCAUUAAAGCUUAAGAUUUCAAAACGUGGCAUCCCUCAAAAUAAUCUUCAUCAAAAAAUGAAAAAGUCAACUUUGCAUAACUCAGUCGUUCUGGGACUUGCGAGUCAGGGCAUAGUCCACAAGGAUUUAUCAUCCAUUUUUACAGGCGUGCCCAAAAGUCCCGAUAGUAUUUCGCUUCAUCCAUCUGAAGAGGAUGAUAAUGACCUCCAAAUGAGUUGCGAGUUAUCGCCAACUCCAUCUAAUGUUCCUACCACUGCUUUUAAAACACACGCUUCUUAA